ACGAGAGACGCAACGGGUAUCUCCGCCCCCGUUGACAUCAACCCUCGUCUCGGGGUUACUAUGCGUACCAGUCAGAGUUCGACCGGCGAGUCCGGGCGGUAUGUAUACGAGGAGGAGGAGGAGGAGGAGGAGAAAGGAGGAGAAAGGUGGAGAAAGGAGGAAGAAGAAGAAGAGGAAGGGGAGGAGGACGAGGAGGAGGUCGACGAGGCGGAGGUGGAGGAAGAAGAGGACGACAAGGGGGAGGAAGGUGAGGAGGAGGACUUCGAUAUGGUGGAGGAGGAGGAAGAAGACGAGGAGGAGGAGGAGGAGGAGGAGGAGGUGGAGGGGGACUCUGAGGAAGAAGAAGACAAGGAAAGGGAGGAGGGCGAGGAGAAGGACGUGGAUAUGGUGAGGGAGGAGGAAGAAGAAGAAAAGGUCGAGGAGGAGGAGGACGAGGAGGAGGAGGAGGAGGACGAGGAGGAGGAGGAGGUCGAUGAGGUGGAGGAGGAGGUAGAAGACGAGGAGGAAGAGAAGCUGGAGGAGGAAGAAGAUGAGGAGGAGGAGGAGGAGGAGGAGGAGGAAGAAGAAGAAGAAGAAGUUUGAAGGGAAAAAAAAAAAAAGCAAUCCGGCGCGUGCUGACAUGG